AAAAAAAAUAUAAAAAUAAGGAUGGAUUAGGUUUUCUGGUGUAGCCGACACUGAAAUUGGUUAAAAUAGGACGAUAAAACCAUCCAUCAGAAUUGAGAAUUGAGAAGUGAGAAUUGAAUUUGUGGAAUGGCGUCAAAGUUGGGUUUAGCGGGUGGAAUACCGGAGCGUAGAGUUCGACCCAUCUGGGAUGCCAUUGAUUCUCGGCAGUUCAAGAAUGCUCUGAAGCACUGCACCACUCUUCUUUCCAAAUACCCCAAUUCUCCAUAUGCUCUGGCACUUAAAGCUUUGGUUUUGGAAAGGAUGGGUAAAUCUGAAGAAGCAUUUUCGGUUUCCUUAAAUGCCAAAGACCUUUUGUACACUAAUGACUCUCUCUUGAUUGAUGAUCUUACUCUCAGCACUCUACAGAUUGUCUUCCAACGACUUGAUCACUUGGAUAUGGCCACAAGUUGCUACGAGUAUGCUUACGCCAAAUUUCCAAAUAACUUGGAUCUAAUGAUGGGUCUCUUCAACUGCUAUGUGCGUCAAUAUUCCUUUGUCAAGCAACAACAGAUAGCUAUUAAAAUGUACAAGAUUGCUGCUGAAGAAAGGUUCCUACUUUGGGCAGUGUGCAGCAUUCAAUUGCAGGUUCUCUGCAGCAAUGGAGGAGAGAAGCUAUUACUCUUAGCAGAAGGCCUGCUGAAGAAGCACAUUGCUUCUCAUAGUUUACAUGAACCAGAAGCUCUUAUUGUGUAUGUUUCCUUAUUAGAGCAACAAUCUAAAUAUGGAGAUGCCUUGGAACUUCUUACCGGAAAAUUUGGGUCUCUUAUAAUGACCGAAGUUGAUAGACUACGUUUACAGGGGAGGCUUCUUGCUAGAGGAGGUGAUUAUGCUGCUGCAGCCAGCAUAUUCCAGAAAGUUUUAGAACUAAGCCCCGAUGAUUGGGAGUGUUUCCUCCACUAUCUUGGCUGUUUACUGGAGGAUGACAGUAGCUUGUGUAAGGGGGAAAACAAUGACUCUACUUAUCCUCUAAAGCUGAUGGACUCCCAAGUUUCUCACUUGACAGAUGAAGCAUUCGGUUCUCGCCUAUCAAAUGCGUCAUCUCUUGUACGGAAAUUGUUAACAGAAGCUAGUAAUGAUACUGUAAGAUGUCCUUACUUGGCGAAUAUUGAAAUCGAAAGAAGAAAGCUUCUACAUGGAAAAGGUGAUGCGGAUAAGUUGGUGGAGGCUUUGGUACAAUAUUUUUUCAGGUAUGGGCAUUUGGCUUGUUUUGCUUCUGAUGUUGAAAUAUUUGUACACAUUCUGGAUCUUGAUAAGAAGAUACAGCUUCUGGAUAAGCUGAAGGAAUGCUGUGAGUCUAUUCCAACUAAUCCCAGAAAGACUCUUGGACAGCAUAUUACUGUCUUCAAAAUUCAAAAUAUUGUUGGCAGCAUGGUCACUCUUUCCAUUAAUGAGCUGGAGACAAGAGCUGUUAAAAUGACACAAAUGUACUGUGAAAAUCUCCCUCUAUCAAAAGAAUUGGAUGCUCAAGAGAGUAUGUAUGGUGAAGAUCUUUUGUCUAUGGCAUGUAACUUGUUGGUACAGCUCUUUUGGCGUACUAGGCACAUCGGGUAUCUGGUGGAAUCAGUUAUGAUCUUGGAAUUUGGCUUGACAGUAAGAAGACAUGUUUCGCAGUACAAGAUUUUGCUGUUGCAUUUGUACUCUCACUGGAAUUCUCUUCCGUUGGCGUAUGAAUGGUAUAAAUCACUGGACGUGAAGAACAUAUUGUUGGAAACUGUAUCACACCACAUUUUGCCACAGAUGUUAGCAUCACCAUUGUGGCCUGAUUCAACAGAUAUUUUGAGGGAUUAUUUAAGAUUCAUGGAUGAUCACUUUAGGGAAUCUGCUGAUCUUACAUUUCUUGCAUAUCGUCAUCGAAGUUAUUCUAAAGUUAUUGAGUUUGUUCAGUUCAAGGAGCGAUUGCAACAAUCUAACCAGUAUUUGAUGGCAAAGAUUGAAAUACCCAUUCUGCAGUUAAAACAGAAAGCAAAUAAUAUUGAAGAAGGGGAGGGCAUUCUUGAAAGCUUGAAACAAGGAGUUCAGUUUCUUGAACUCACAGAUGAAAUUGGAACCAAAUCAUUGACCUUCAAUGAAGAAUUGCAGCUGCGGCCCUGGUGGACGCCAACUUAUGACAAAAAUUAUCUCUUAGAGCCAUUUGAAGGAGUAGCUUAUUGCACCGGACAAACCUUGGAUGAUCAAAUCAAACAGUCUCAAGCUAAAGUGGUUAAAACAAUUGAGAAGAGAUCCCUUUUACCAAGACUUGUCUUUCUCUCAAUUCAAUGUGCAUCAUCAUCUGUCAAGGGAAAUGUUGAAGCAAACGGUUCUGUCUUUGAUCCUAAGCUAUCAUCGGAGCUGAGAUUGUUACUCGAGCGGUAUGCCAAUAUCUUGGGAUUUUCCUUCCAGGAUGCUGUAGGGAUGGCUUUUGAUAUUUCGAGUGGCCUUAAGGAUGCAGAGGCAUGGAGCUGCAAUCUGAUUGAUUGGAUGAACUUUGUUGUAUUUUUAAAUGCUUGGAAUCUUUAUUCUCAUGAAGUAGAUAGAGAUUCAAAUAAGCAUGGUAGUACAUGGCUUCUUGUGAAUUUGAUUCUGAAGAAGUAUAUCCUGGAUAAAGUGAGAUCAAUGGGAGCACUAGAGUCAUCACCCGGAUGUGAUCUUCCUCAUCUGGUGCUAUUGGUAACUGAACCUUUAGCUUGGCAUAUUAUGGUGAUUCAGUGUUGUGCCAGGUCAUUAUUGCCUUCAGGAAAGAGAAAAAAGAAAGGUGGACCUUCGGAGCAGUGUAACAUUGAGUUGUGUCAAGAAGUACAGGAUUCAAUCCGUUGUGUAUGUGAGACUAUAGAGCUGGUUAGAGACUGGCUAAAUCAACAAAUGAGCAAGUCAGACAAUGACAAAUCGGAAAGUAUACUUUCAUCACUCAAAAUAGAUGGAGAGUUAGGACCCGGGAAGGUCUACCGAGUUAUUGAAACUUUAACCUCGUCUUCAACAAUUGAUAGAGGUCUUGGUGAUGUGAUCACUCGAGCAUUGCAGUCUUGGAGUCCUGCUGAUAUUUCUAGAAAAAUCAUUACUAGUCAGCGAACUGCUUUAUCUAAUUUCCUUAGAAUUUGUGAUUCAAAAAUCAAAUCAGUGAAGGAACUGAAAGCUCAAUUAUAGCUGGCUGGGGAAAUAUUGGAUUUUUCUGUGGAGGGGAGUUCCAAGUGAUUUUCUUGUUUUUAAUUUCUAGGUAUUGUUUUUUCC